GGCAGGCGGCGAAAAAUCAUGGAAUAACUUUUAAAAUACAAAAUGAAGAUUCACAAAGUUUUAUCUCGGUCCGAACGGGAACCUCCGUCGGAGAGUCUGUGUAUGCCUCAACCAUCCUCGCCAUGGAGGACGAGAGGAGGAACUCCACCGACCUCAACGACCAGCAGUGGAUCUUCAACAGGAAGAAGAUUGGACUCUCCAGGAAGUCUAAGAAGACUUUAGAUGCUAAGCUGGAUAAUGAAAGAUCGAAACUGUCCACUCUAGUUUUUAUUCAAACACAUUUUAACAGGAAGGAAUGUGUUCACUACGUGAAAACUGAUAAUAUUCACAAAAAACAAGAUGAGUGUUUCUGUGGUCUGAAGAAAUACGAGCAUCCUCCUGAUAUUGAGCAUAAAUAUAUAGAUCUCAAGAGCAGAGCUCCAAGAGAGAGUAUUAUAGAGGAGGAGGAUGAAGAAGAUGAAGAUGAAAAGGACCAGGAUGAGGAUGAGGAUGAGGAUGAGGAUGAGGAACAAAGUAGAUCUGGAAGUACGUCCAGUCUAGAACAGUUGCUUAGCUCCAUGGACAAGAAGAUUACGCGGCGAGGGUCCAAGGUCGGAGUUGACAAAGAGAAAGAGAAGAAAAGAGAUGGGAGUGGAAUUUAUCUAAAAGUAGAAACAAAGAAGCAUGGAGCAAAAGAGAUGAACAGAAAGGAGAAAGACGAGAAAAGAAAAGAAAAGGAAGUUAUUGUACGCUGGAAACAGAAUACGGCAAUCAAAGAGUUUCCAACAAAUGCAUUUGGAGUCAUUCAUUUCGAGGGAUCAAACUCAAAACCUUCUUCUUAUAUCAGGCUUGCGGAUAAUACAACAAUGCAGAGUGUUAUGGAAUUGAUGAAAGAGCAUUGGGAUAUGAUGAAACCACGCCCCCAUCUAGCGCUGAGUAUUGUGGGUGGAGCUAAAAAUUUUAAAAUGGACGGACGUUUAAAGGAAACUUUCAAGAGAGGACUUAUUUCUGCUGCAAGAUCAACACAUGCCUGGGUUCUCAGUGGUGGAACUAAUACUGGAGCAAUGAAACUUGUUGGAGAAGCAGUAACAGAAGGACAGUUUCUCGUUCCUCAGGGUGCAGGUUUGACGAUGGGGUUGAAAGCUCUGGGUAUUGCCUCCUGGGGAUAUAUUGCUAAUAAAGAGACCCUGAUAAAUAAGAAAGAUUCUGAGAUGAACCGAGCUCAGUAUAAUUCCAACCUGGAGAUAAAAUCUGGAUCCAAACCUCCUUUGAGUCCGGAUCAUACACACUUUCUCCUGGUAGAUGAUGGAUAUAGAAACAGGUAUGUAGGAGGAGAAGGUGGAGGUGGGAUACAGGAGUUUAUCACAAGGUUUGAAAAAAAUCUAAUGGAACCAGCUCCUAAGGGUUUAGGAGUCCCUGUUAUUACUCUGAUGGUGGAGGGAGGGUCGGAUGCUUUAAAUGAGGUUCGGGAUAAUCUAACUUGUGGUCAACCUCUUGUCAUUAUAGACGGGUCUGGUAGAAGCGCUGAUAUACUAGCUUAUGCUUACAAGAAUGCUGUCAUGAAUAAGGUAACUGGAACCUAUACCAUUAAACGUGGACAUAUAAAACACCUGGAGGAUAUGCUUGAAGAAGCAUUUGCAGAUAGACUUUCGGGACCCACCGGCAAAAUCAGGAAGAAAACGUUCAUGAGCUGGAUCAUGGAGUGUCUAAGUUACAGUGACCUCAUUACUACAUUUGAUAUCCAGAGAGAAGAGAACCUGGAUACAAAGAUACUCUCAGCUUUACUCAAGGGUAACCUGGAUACAGUUCAUCAACUAUACCUAGCUAUGGUCUGGAACAGAGUGGAUAUUGCAGAAAAUAAAAUUUUUAAAAACCGAACAUUUCAAUUUGUUGAGGAGAAUUUAGACGAUGUUUUUACCCAAGCUCUUCUCAUGGAUAGGGUUGGAUUUAUAGAAGUUCUAAUCCUAAAUGGGUUCUCGUUGUACAGGUUUCUCACCGUUAAAAAACUCAGAAUUCUGUACAAUGAGGGAGCUGCGCAGCACAAGUAUCUCAUCUCUCAGAUCGAGAAGUUUGUCGGCAACUGUCCCUACAUCCAUCUGAGAACUAUUCAUAAAUAUCUGAUUUAUGUAAUGAAAGCUCAUCACCAUCCCCAGUAUCAGCUGGAUAAACCUAGUCCCAAGGGAACUAAGGACGAUGAUAACGACGAGAAAACUUUUGAAGAUCCGUACAUGGAACUCUUCAUCUGGUCGGUUCUAUGCAAUAAAACUAGUUUUCAUGAUUUCUUCUGGGUUAGAUGCUCCAGUCCUCUCCUAGCCGCAGUGGUAGCAGCUUCAAUCUACUCUACCCUGCUGAAACUCUACUCAGCCCAGCUCAUCAAAAUAUCAAAAAUAAAAGAUAUGAAAGCAAAUUUUGUUGCCAAAGCAAACGCCAUUGCUGAGAUUGCCUUUGAAGAGGAUCGUGUGAAAGGAGUUAGUCUGAUCUACACCAGAUAUCCAAGGUUCGGAGAACGGAGUUUAAUAAACCUCGCUUAUAUUGGUCACCUUAGAGGGUUUAUAGCAAAUCCAGUCUGUCAGGAAUACGUGGCUCAAGCUUGGAGAAGGGGGAUGAGCAAAAUGAAUCCAUGGCUCUCAACGAUUACAAUGUUUUUCCCUUUGCUCAUUUUCACUUCAAACUUUCAGUUUCUAAAGCUAGGAGAUGAUGGAGGAAAUCUUUCUCCCUGGCAGAAACUAUUUGUAUUCUAUAGAACACCAAUGGUGAAAUAUAUUGGGCACUGUGUUAGCUACGCAGUAUUUCUUCUCCUUUAUACAUAUGUCGCCAUGUUUGAUUUUGAAUGGAGAUAUCAGAAUACAGAACUUGUUCUCUACAUGUGGUUUCUUAUCCUUAUCCUUGACGAAUUCAGGGAGCUUAUUAUCCAACCUUCGAGUUCGUUUUCAAGAAAACUUCGAGAUCAUAUGACGAGUGUUUGGAAUAAAUUUGAUAUAUUUCUCUAUGUUACUGCUUCGAUGAGCUUACUCCUCAAGAAUUUCGCCGCGUCCUUUUAUAUUUCAAGGAUCUUGUUUGCAACCAACUCUGCCGCGUUAUACCUCCGUCUAUUCAGGGUUUACCACGCUAACUGGAGUCUGGGCCCUAAACUUGUCGUCUUCCACAAGAUGCUGCCUGAGAUUGUUAUUUUCAUGUUUCUCCUCUUUAUAUUUAUCCUUGGAUACGGGACAGCUAGUCAAUCAUUGAUCAACUCCAAUAUUGAGUUUAGUACGGAGAGUAUACCGAGGAUACUGAACGGUAUUAUCUACCUACCCUACUGGCAGAUGUACGGGGAGCUCAACCUGGAUCAGAUUGAGGUAGAGAACCGGACUAUCUGCUACGAGGAGGAGUUCUGUGAGCACAUGGAGUACUACAACCACGUGACCCCGGUAUUCCUGGCAAUCUACUUGAUCGCUGCGAACGUUAUGUUGCUGAACCUGCUGAUUGCCAUCUUCACCUCUGUGUUCGAGGAGGUGCAGGAGAACGCUAAGGACGUGUGGAAGUGGGAGAUGUACAGGUUGGUGGAGGAGUAUGAUCAGAAACCAGGUUUAGCUCCUCCCCUGGUUAUCCUGGAGGACCUCUGGAAGAUGUUGAAGGGGAUCUGGAAGGUGACCUGCAGGAGAACAAAGGAGGACCUGGAGGGAUACAUGCAGAACACCCUGGAGACCUUGGAGAUGUUUGAGAAGGAUUGUUUGUUCAAGCAUAUUAAAGAUAUUGGAGAACAGGAAGAAUCUAAACUAGACACAAAGCUGCGGUAUGUUGAGAGCAAGGUUGACCGGAUGCUGGAGAUUCUAGAGUUUACUCCAACCUCGUCUCAGUGGGAUUUUGGGGACGAGGUUCAAACUGCAGAUAUCUUGGAGAUUCAAGGUUCAGACAGUUCUGAAGAGGAAGCUUUAAAGUAUGAUGGUUUUAUUGGUGGACGGAAGAAAGAGAAGAAGAAGGUUUUAGCUCCAGGUCCUGCUGGAGCUGCUGGUGCUACUGCUGGGGGGAAGAGAAAUGUUAAGUUUGGGACGGAUUCAAGGAAAGAGUUUGAAAAGGAUGAGCCAGUAACCCAGAGUAAAAACCUGAAGAUUGAGCCUAGUGCUCACCAACUCUCAACCCCUGAUCCUACACCCAGAAACCCGGACUUGGAUUCACGACUGGACAAAAUUGAAAACCAGAUCCAGUCCCUUCAUAGAGAUAGCUCGGAGUCUCUUGAAAGAAUGGAGAGACUAGAAAACCUUAUAAGAGCGCUGGUGCAGAAGAAAGGGGGAAAAUAAAUGAACAAGAUAUAUUUGAUGAAACGGGUAUUAACUGAAAUGUAUAUUUCGACACGGAUUAAGUUCGUUAAAUAUUUGACAAGUAUGAAAUAAUAUGUUUAUGUACUGGUUUAUACAGAACAUGUAUCAGAGAAUGAUAUGCUUUAUUUUGAAUUUAAGAAUUUUUUAUCGUUUGUAAGAUUUGAAGUUUAUUGUUUGAAAUACAUAUAUUAACACUGUUAUUUUUG